CCGCGGCACCUCGAAAUGUUCGGCAGCGCAGCCCGGAUGUGGUUCGGCCGCAGGCAGGCGACGAGGAGGGGGAGGGAGAGCACCGGCGAGAUCCUGAGGAAGCACCGGGAGAGGAUCCUGGCGGAGCUGGACGCCAGCGCGGCGCUGCCGGUCCUGCUGGCCCGGGAGGUGCUCUCCCCGGGGGAGUGCAGGGAGGUCCUGGGGCGCGGGGCCGGCAGGGAGAGGGGGGAGGUGCUGCUGGACCUGCUGGCGGUCAGGGGUCCUGACGCUUUCUGCGCUCUGUGCUCCGUCCUCGAAGAGGUGUGUCCUCAUUUGCUUACCUGUUUUCUGCUGGACUGCACAGGCAGCGUUCCCGCGGGGACGACUCCGGCGGCGAAGCCCAGGAAGGAGGAAGGCAGGAUGUCGCCCCACAACCAGGAGCCUUUCCAGCCGCGGGAGUGCGGAGCGAUACAGCCGCCGCCUCCUCCUCCCGCCACCGCGGCGGGCGAGACCUCCUGUGACCCCAGGGUGACUCCGAGCUCAGAUACCUCCAAUGCAGCUGCCUCCUCGGGGAGCCAGGGUAAACCUUCCCUCAGACGGAUCAAGGGCCGAAUCCACAGAAGCAAAAGCCUUGACAGCAUCGAGCUGCUGGACUCCAAUAGUGCAGCGAUGGAGGAAACGGUGAUAUGGGAACAGCACACUGUGACCCUUCACAGGGCGCCAGGGUUUGGAUUUGGGAUUGCAAUUUCGGGUGGUCGGGAUAACCCUCAUUUUCAGAGCGGCGAAACCUCCAUCGUGAUCUCAGAUGUGCUGAAAGGAGGUCCAGCCGAGGGUCUGUUACAGGAAAAUGACCGAGUGGUCAUGGUUAAUGCUGUUUCCAUGGAUAAUGUAGAGCAUGCGUACGCAGUCCAGCAGCUACGGAAAAGUGGGAAGAAUGCAAAAAUAACGAUAAGAAGGAAGCGGAAGGUGCAGAUCCCGGUGUCCCGCCCGGAGCGCGAGACCAUGUCGGAACACGAGGACGACAGCUACGAGGACGAGGUUUACGAGGAGAGGAGUGCGCGCAGUGGCCCCAGCGCCUACAGCGGGGGGCGGAGGAGUGAGAGAAGCGGGGGCCGGAGGGACAGGAGUGCCAGCAGAGAGAGAAGCCUGUCACCCCGGUCGGACAGGAGGUCUGUGGCCUCUAACCUGCCACCGAGGCCAGCUAAAGUCACUUUGGUGAAGUCGAGAAAAAAUGAAGAAUAUGGCUUACGCUUGGCAAGCCACAUUUUUGUGAAAGAUAUUUCUCCUGAGAGCUUAGCAGCAAGAGAUGGCAAUAUCCAGGAGGGAGAUGUUGUACUGAAAAUUAAUGGCACAGUGACAGAAAACCUGUCCUUGAUAGAUGCUAAGAAGCUCAUUGAAAGGUCAAAGGGCAAGUUGAAGAUGGUGGUUCAGAGAGAUGAGCGAGCUACCUUGCUGAACAUCCCAGAUCUGGACGACAGCGUUGCUUCUGCAAAUGCUUCAGAUCGAGAUGACAUCUCAGAAAUUCAUUCACUGGCAUCAGACCAUUCCAACCGAUCCCAUGACAGAAACCGCAGCAGUCGCUCCCGAUCUCCUGACAGGAGGUCAGAGCCGUCAGACCAUUCCAGACAUUCUCCACAGCAAAUCAGCAAUGGCAGCCUCAGAAGUCGGGAUGAAGAGAGAAUUUCAAAACCUGGGGCGAUAUCAACUCCUAUUAAAAUCGCUGAAGAAGCUGUAAUUUCAAAGCCAGUUGAGCAGCCUGUGGUCAAAGAAGAAAAACAGAUCCCUCCUCUGCCAGAGCCGAAGCCUGUGUACGCUCAGCCUGGCCAGCCGGAUGUCGAUCUCCCUGUGAGCCCCUCGGAUGCCCCUAUCCCCAAUGCAGCACAUGACGAUGGCAUGCUCCGACCAAGCAUGAAGCUCGUGAAGUUUAAGAAGGGGGAGAGUGUGGGGUUGCGCCUGGCGGGGGGCAAUGACGUGGGGAUAUUCGUGGCUGGUGUGCUGGAAGACAGUCCUGCUGCGAAAGAAGGCUUGGAGGAGGGCGAUCAGAUACUCAGGGUAAACAAUGUUGACUUCGCAAAUAUAAUCAGAGAGGAGGCAGUUCUGUUUCUCCUUGAUCUUCCCAGAGGUGAAGAGGUGACCAUUUUGGCUCAGAAAAAGAAAGACGUUUACAGAAGAAUAGUAGAGUCGGAUGUAGGGGAUUCUUUCUACAUCAGGACCCACUUUGAAUAUGAAAAAGAGUCUCCUUACGGACUGAGUUUCAACAAGGGAGAGGUGUUCCGUGUGGUUGAUACUCUGUAUAAUGGAAAGCUGGGCUCGUGGCUGGCAAUACGCAUUGGCAAAAACCACCAGGAAGUUGAAAGAGGAAUCAUUCCUAACAAAAACAGAGCUGAGCAGCUGUCCAGCGUUCAGUACACGCUUCCCAAGACGGCGGGAGGGGACCGUGCGGACUUCUGGCGAUUCCGUGGCCUUCGCAGUUCCAAGAGGAACCUCAGGAAAAGUCGUGAGGACCUUUCUGCACAGCCUGUUCAGACCAAGUUCCCGGCUUACGAGCGGGUCGUGCUCCGAGAAGCUGGGUUCCUCCGGCCAGUGGUUAUCUUUGGCCCCAUUGCUGACGUGGCUCGUGAGAAGCUGGCCAGGGAGGAGCCUGAAAUAUUUGAGCUGGCAAAGAGUGAACCGAGGGACGCAGGAACUGAUCAGAGAAGUUCUGGCAUCAUACGUCUCCACACUAUAAAACAGAUCAUUGACAGAGAUAAGCAUGCAGUGUUGGACAUCACCCCCAAUGCAGUGGACAGGCUGAACUAUGCUCAGUGGUAUCCAAUUGUAGUGUUCCUGAACCCAGAUAGUAAGCAGGGAGUUAAAAACAUGAGAACGAGGCUGUGCCCAGAAUCAAGAAAGAGCGCCAGGAAGCUUUAUGAACGUGCCCUUAAGCUGAGGAAAAACAACCACCAUCUUUUCACAACUACUAUCAAUAUGAAUUCUAUGAACGAUGGAUGGUAUGGAGCACUAAAGGAGACUGUACAGCAGCAGCAGAACCAGUUGGUAUGGGUCUCGGAAGGCAAGGCGGAUGGUGCUCCUGAUGACGACCUGGACUUGCACGAUGACCGGCUGUCCUACCUUUCCGCCCCGGGAAGCGAGUACUCCAUGUACAGCACUGACAGUCGGCACACGUCUGACUACGAGGACACGGACACUGAGGGAGGUGCCUACACCGACCAAGAGCUGGACGAGACUCUCAACGACGAAGUGGGGCCGCCAGCCGAGCCAGCCAUUACCAGAUCUUCGGAGCCGGUGCGUGAUGAUCCGUCUGUUCUCCAGGAUCCUCAGGGAUACCCAUCUUACCAGCACUCAGUGCAGGCUGAUGUGCCCAACCGGAUAGACCCAGCAGGAUUCAAGAUGCCAGCACCACAGCAGAAAACAGAGGCUGUUCCCGCCAUGCCUAACCUACCCCAUCAACCUGAGCCUAUUGCUGUUGUGACAGCGCCAUCUGCUGUUGACCACUCUGUAUAUGCACCUGAGGAGCCUCCUGCUGCUCCUCUCAGCAGCUACAGCCCCCAGGCUGGUCCACUUAGGAAGCCUGCCCCUGAGCUAGCUCAGGCAAUGCCAAAUGAUCCCCAUCAAUCUGGACUGCCCAUUACAGAACCAAAGAUGUUUAAGAAAGAUCUUUAUGGUAUGGAAGAGCCAGCAAGGCAGAAUCAUGGCAUGAAGCAGCCCGUCGUAGGCCAUCCCAUGCAGAGAUAUGACAAAGAACAACCUCUGAACUACGAGCCACAGCCUCAGUACCAGGAUGAACAGCCAUACAGAGAUUACGAUCAUCCGCCAUACAGAUACGAUUCUGCGGGCAAUUACAUGGAACCAAAGUCUCGCAGCUAUGACUCGCACCUACACUAUGAAAACCGAGUGCCUCACUACGACGAUCAGUGGUCACACUAUGAUCAAAACCCUCCUCAGGCUUAUACGGCCCGAACUCCGUACGAGAACCAGCACCCCCAGAGCUAUGAACCUAGGCCCCCCUAUGAGGAGAGUGCAGAGCGUGAGUACAGCCCCACUCAGCCUCGUUAUGAAGAGUCACCCACUGUAGGAUAUGAUAGUCGGCCGCGCUAUGAGCCACCAGCAAAAAGCUACGGCAAGCCUCUUCAGCCACGUUACGAAGAGCAGCCUCCCGUUGGCUAUGAAGCGCGCCCCAGGUAUGAGCCUGAGCCGCAUGCCUUCCCCCCUCCUGUCUCCCGGUCGCCCGAACCCAAGCAGUACUACGACCCUCAGGUCAGGCCCUAUGCUCAAGGGCCCCAGCGGCCGUAUAAAUUAGGACAGUACGAGCCUCCGCUAAAUGCAGAGCCUCCCCUGCCGCCACCGCCACAGGUGCAGCCUAAAUCAGAAGUUCCACCUGUGUCCAGUAAACCGCUGCCCCCGCCACCGGCAGCUGACCAGGAUGACGACCCAGCCAUGAAGCCGCAGUCGGUGCUCACCAGAGUCAAGAUGUUUGAGAACAAGAGGUCAGCAUCUGUGGACCGGGCCAGGGAGGCUGGGGACUCUGCUGUCAUCAAGCCUGCUGAAGCUGCCCCUAAGCCUGUGAUUGGCCCAGGCCCAGUUCCUAAGGCCAACUCUCUGAGCCACCUGGACCAGGAGAAGACUUCAUACAGGGGCCCAGAGCCACAGAAACCUCAGGUCAAGGCCCCGGAGGAUAUUGUGCGCUCUAACCACUAUGAUCCUGACGAGGAUGAGGAGUAUUACAGGAAGCAGCUCUCCUACUUUGAUCGAAGGACCUUCGAUAACAAGCCUGCUCCACAGCAGUCUGUCAGCCGCCUCCUUGACCCAGUCAAGCCAGCACAGCCCAACUACUCUUCCAGGGGUGAGGCUGUGGAGAAAGUGAGUCCUGCAGAGAAGAGAUAUGAACCUGUGCCUCAGAUUACUCCACCUGCAUCUCAGUAUGGUCAGCCAGUGCAGACGCGGCCGGCCCCUUCUGUUCCCCCAGCAGUCCUGCCCAAACCGCUGGCCCCCGAAGUCAACCCUCUGCCUUUGGAGGCUCUCAGCACCCCCAAGUGCAAGCCAGAGCCCCCUUCCUUGCAGACCGCACCCACAUCUCUGAGGCCCAGCAACCGUGAAGACACUGUCCAGUCCAGCUACCUUCCUCAGAAGAGUUUCCCUGAAAAGGCCCCUGUUAAUGGCACUGACCAGCCUUCCAAACCAGUCGCAACCAGCUACAACCGCUUCACCCCUAAACCCUACACCAGCUCCGCCCGGCCAUUUGAGCGCAAAUUUGAGAGCCCGAAAUUUAACCACAACCUCUUACCCAAUGACACUCAGCAGAAGCCAGAGCCUCUGGUGAAGCCAGUGAGCACUGCCCCUCCACCUCCCUCCAAGCCCCAGAGCUCACCACAGUCUGCAGAGCAGGACAGCGGCCUGGACACCUUUUCGCGGCCAGUAGAAAACCGGCCCAAAUACCAGCAAAACAACAUCGGUGCUGUGCCCAAGGCUAUCCCAGUCAGCCCCAGUGCACUGGAGGAUGACGAGGAGGAUGAAGGACACACUGUGGUGGCUACGGCUCGAGGGGUCUUCAACAGCAAUGGUGGCGUCCUGAGUUCCAUUGAGACGGGGGUCAGUAUCAUCAUUCCACAAGGAGCCAUUCCUGAGGGAGUAGAGCAGGAGAUCUAUUUUAAAGUGUGCAGAGACAACAGCAUCCUCCCUCCCUUAGACAAGGAGAAAGGAGAGACUCUGCUCAGCCCUCUGGUGAUGUGUGGCCCUCAUGGUCUGAAGUUCCUGAAGCCUGUGGAGCUCCGCUUGCCUCACUGUGCGUCAAUGACCCCUGAUGGUUGGUCUUUUGCUCUAAAAUCCUCCGACUCCUCGUCGGGUGACCCAAAGAGCUGGCAGAACAAAUCCCUUCCUGGAGACCCUAACUAUCUUGUUGGAGCAAACUGUGUCUCUGUUCUCAUUGACCACUUUUGAAGCGGGGAAGCAGCUGGUCUGUUGGAUGUGAAAACUGGGAUUUUGAGUCCUUUGACUGGGACUAAACCACUUAAUGAAGUAUUAACUGCUCUCUCAGACAUUGUUUACUAUACUUACAGGAAGGCAGUGUUCAAGUUCUCUUUUAAGUGCUGUUUGUCUAGGUGCUUAAAAGUUUGCAAAGAACUAGACUCUUGAACCAUUGUUCAAAUGCAUGCCCAGUGCCAGAAAUUUUUGAAUCACAUUUUAAGCCAAGUUUCCUAGUUAACUGCUUUUGUGAUGAUUUCCAUAAAUUAGAAGGUUAUUAAAGGGGAAGUGGAAGUAAGUUGAAAUUGUAUCAAUAGCAUUUUUAUUGCUAUUAGAUUGACAAAGUGACUGUGACUGUGGUCACUUAAGAGAUUGUGGAGGCUUUGGCAGACUCCACCUCUGACGAGUUUUGACGUAGGCAAGCAUCUUAAAAUGUUUAAAAGGCUGACAGUUGUGAAUGGUUUUUCAAAUACAGCUUAUACUUGUAACAGGCUGUAUUGUUUUGGCUUAGCAUUAAUCAUUUUACAGCAUUUUACCUUAGAGCAUACUGUUUUUUUAAUAGCAUUGGAACUCUCCCAUUUUAAAGGGAACUAUGCAUGUGCUAUGACUAUGGUUCAGGUGCCUGCUCAAACUUGUACAUUUACUCUCACUCUUAUAUUAACAAGCAGGGAUGCCUUACCCUUAUUCACUUUUAUUUUGAAGUUUAUAUAUUUUUCUUUACUUAGGGACAUUUGAUUUUUUAAGUUAUGAUGAUGAUAAAUUAUGAAAGAAGGUAUCUUUUUCCAUUGUUGACCCAUUGUAUAAAGUGAACUUGGGUUUAGCACACAAGAACAAUAGAGGCUGAUGAAGGUAUGCUUUCUUUUUUCGCUAUGCAUUUGAUUAAAAACAAGAUGCUGAAAGUUUGGCUGUACAUACUGCUAGUAUUUCGCCUUGGUUCUUGGUUUGUAAAUGAACUUUUGUAUGUCUUUGUUAUUUUGUAUAAAACUAAACUGAAAAAAUGGUUUCUCAGAAAAGAAUAUCUUUGUAUUCUGGUAUACCCUUGAGCCUUGGAACUUGUAACUUAGCAGUAAUCCAACUUUUCUACCAAUAUAUACACCCGCACUACAUAAACAUUUUUAUCUGUCACAGAACUUUUUAUGCUUAUUUACAAAACAAAGUGCUUGGUUUAAGAGAAUUUCAAAUUCUGUACUUUAAAGGGUCAGCUUUGAGAAGUGUUCCCUUCAGUAAUUUGUGAUACUGGAUGCUGUACUGUGUGCCCUAAAAUGUAUUUUUGUACUAAUAGACAAUUUAUUAUGGCACAGCAGUACUAUUUUCUUUAGAUAUUAUAACACUGCUUAAAUCCGAUAUUAACUCUUCACGUGUGGCUGACUUUUUUUCAUUUUCUUUAUUUUCUUUGCAACACAUUUCUAAGUAUACCACUGUAUGACUUAAUAAAAUCAUUUUUAAAGAAAAAAGAACUUAUUUUUUU